AUGCAAACACAAGUAUAUGAGGGGUUGUGUGAAAAUUAUUUUUCUCUCACUAACCACAAAGACACAGAAUCAAAGUGCUUCUUUUGGACAGACUGGCUUUUCUGUUUUUCUUUUUUCCUUCUCUCUCUUCUAUUUCUUGCGGAUAUUAUGGCUAAUAACACAACAAGUUUAGACAUUUCAUGGCCAGAAAACUUUUGGGAGGAUCUUAUAAUGUCCUUCACAGUGUCCAUGGCAAUUGGACUCGUCCUUGGAGGGAUGAUUUGGGCUCUGUUUGUCUGUUUGUCUCGAAGAAGGGCCAGCGCCUCCAUCUCACAGUGGAGCUCAAGCCGGCGGCCUAGGUCUUCUUACACCCAUGGCCUCAACAGAACUGGAUUUUACCGCCACAGUGGCUGUGAACGUCGGAGCAACCUCAGCCUGGCCAGUCUCACUUUCCAGCGACAAGCUUCCCUGGAACAAGCAAAUUCCUUUCCAAGAAAAUCAAGCUUCAGGGCUUCAACUUUCCAUCCCUUUCUGCAAAGCCCACCACUUCCUGUGGAAACCGACAGUCAGCUGAUGACUCUCCCUUCUUCCAAUACCUCCCCCACCAUCAACACAUCCCACAGUCUGAGCCGUCCUGAUUUCCACUGGUCCAGUAACAGUCUUCGAAUUGGCCUUUCAACACCACCCCCGCCUGCCUAUGAGUCCAUCAUAAAGGCAUUCCCAGAUUCCUGAGUGGGGUGCUUUGGGUUUUAAUUUGUUUCUUUUCUUGUCUUUUAUGGAAAGGAAAUCACAAAUAGGCUAAACAGAAUUUGGAGGACAUGGCCUAAACAACUAUUGAGUUUCCAAGCUGAAAUAUACUCAUCCAAGUUGGACAUUACUGUAGAAAACACCUUUUCUUAAACAUGUUUUUUUCCUUGUGUCUCACAAAAAGUAAUAUUUUUUUCGAGUAGUUAUAUAUUUAUGUAUUUUGUAUUCAACAUGAGGAUUAUUAAAGAGUGAUCCUAAUCUAAGAAUCAGGUGUGAUACAGUGUAUAUACUUUAGAUUAAAAUAAAACCUUUAGAUAUUUGUGAUUUAAAAUCCUCACUUUCAAAGUGAUUAAAGGGGGAAAAAAAUCACUGUGUCACUUUAAAAAAAAUCUUUAUCCUAAAGAAUUUUAAUUUCUUUAGAAUGACAAGUGAAUGAUUUACAAACUUGGAAUUUUAAUGAAUUAUAUGCACUCAAAAUGAUAGAACAUUGAAGAUUCUAAAGUUCUUCGAUUUUGCUCAUUUAUGAGAAGUGUGAGAAUCAAGCAAAAGAAACUGAACUCUAUGAGUAUUUUAGGAUGCUUCAAUUUGACACAUUUCUUUUUCCUAGCUAGGAUCCUUGUCUGUUUUUCCCAAGAACAGUUAUCCACAUCAUUGAGGAAAAAUCCCUUGAUUUACUAACAUGAUGAUUUAACUUUUCUUUGCUGUUGUGUUAUGUUGUCAGAAAAGCAACAACAACAAAUCCAAUGAUUUGACCUAAAAACAAACUUUAACACUGACCUUAUGUUUUUCUUAAAGGAUAAGUUUUAUUUCUUAGAUUUAAAUCUAUCAACUGGGAACAUACUUUAUCUAGGGACCUUCUCAUGUCACUUCACAGACAAAUAAGUAAGGGUCAGUGGAGAGAAAGUCUGCCAUCAUCAAAAGGGAUGUUACCACCGUGAAGAAUUCUCCCUCCUGGAUUGACUCGUCAGGCAUUAUCCCUGUUUGCUUCCCUGUGAAUUUCAACCUCAGAUGCUCUGAAGAGUUUUGUACAAUGAUUAAACCAUGCCAUUGGUCCUUUGUGCAGUUAUCUCAGACGUCCACUUCCAUAGUUGGCCACCCUCUUAAAGGAAGGUACAUCCUCAAAUGUGGGUACCCGAGAGCUUCAGUGGCCAGAUGCCUGUGGCCGCCACAUUUCUUUUAAGGACAUGAGCUCACUGGAGUAUUACUCAAAAAGCCUGUGAUUCGUUUCUGAUAUAGUGAACAUUUAGCUUAUGUUGCUGUCUGUUUGUUUCUCUGAACACUGGGAUUUUCAGUGAAGAAAAAUGUACUCUCAUUUUAGUUUCUGCAGUGCAGUGAUCACAGCUAAUAGUGUCUGUAUAUGGCUCAAAAAUGUAAUAAUUUUUACAUAAUAAGAGAUGCCGUAUAACAUUUUCUUUAUUAUUUUUUUUAGCUUAUAUCUUCCAUUAUUCCUCAAGGACAAUUAUUCCUAAUCAUGUCUGUAGAUAGUACUCUCUAAUGCAAUAUACCAAAAAGAAAGUAGGAAAGAAAAAAAGAAAGAAAGGAAGGAAGGAACGAACGAAGGAAAACAGGAAGAAAGAAAGGAAGAUAGGAGGAAGAAAGCAAAAAAAAAAAAAAGCUCACAGGAUAACCAAUUUGUUGUAAGUUGGUUUUUAUCAAAUUUAGAGAUUGUCAUAUAGCCACAUGAGAUUUCAAGAGAGCAUUAACUUAAUUUAAUAACAACGCUAUGUUUUGCUGUAUGUCAUCCUGAAUGUUUAACAUGAGAAGUCAGCUAUGAUUUUUAUCUAGAAUUUAUAUUAGGAGUGAAAACUGCUUUAUACCUCUCAGAUUAGGAAAGGGAGAGCAGAAAUCCUCUGGAAUAUUCGACCACCUGGCAGAAUCAUUGCCUCCCCCUCCUCAAGUUAUAAAACAAUCAAAAUCAAUAUCUUGUAAAUAUUGCACAAUGUACGAAAUGUGAAAUUAAAGCAGAAACUGGAGACUUUUUAAAGUUGUAUUUCUUUUAUUUGAAAUGCUUUGUUGAUUAUGAAAUAAAAUUAAA